AUGGCGGCGACGGCGAUCGUAACAUGCACACCAACCUCCUGCUAUCAAGCUCCUUCUUCCUUGCGCCCUUCAAGCUUGUCCUGCCCUCGGCCAGUCUGUCUCCACACACAAGUCACUCAGCUUGACGCCUCUAGACCCACCACAAGGCGGAGCCUGGCGAGAGCGUCGAGUGCGAACGGGAACGUCGAGCUGCACGACGAGAUGCUGCAGAAGGAAGUGAAGCGAGUGAUAGAGCGAUUCAAUCUCCCCGAGGACGAAGCUCUUCGCAUUGCGAUUCAAAUCUGUGAGAGGAAGGCUUCCGUGCAAGCGCAAAGAUCGGUCCUGGUCGAGAGUGAUGAGAACCGGGUUGAAGCAAGUGAAGAGCCUCCAACCAAGGAAGAAACUAUUGCAAUACCAUCCAUCAUUGCAAGCGAUCCCUUUGAAACUACGGUGAGGCAUCCGGAGGACUGCCCAGUGAGCGUUGAACCGUACUCUGAUCUGCACUUGAAGUCGCAGAAGCAGCCGGGGAAGAAGCAGAGGCAGUUCGAGAAGAUAGAGCAAUGGAAGGAGAUGGCGAGAUCGCAGGAGGAGCUGACGGAGGAGUUAGCGGAGGAGAAGCAGCGACGGUUGAACCAGUGGAAAGACAAAGCAGAGCUCUUCAAGAGCCGAGUGUCGAGAACAAACGAAGCGGUCUUCGACGUUUUCCUAGAGUAUGACAGCAGCGGGGACGGGACGAUGAGCAAGGAGGACUUGAGGUCGGCGUUGGCUGAGUUUGACAUCCGACUGCCGCCGGAGACCCUCCAGUCUAUCCUCGACGACCUGGACCUGGUGGAAGGGGAUCGGCUGACAGCCAACGAGCUGCAGAGGAUCGUUCAACGCUACAAGCCGUACUUGGCAGUCUGGUUCUCGUCAGAGUCAGCGCAGGAGGUCCUGGACGUGAUGAGCGAUCAGUUUAUUCGCAUGUCAAACUUCAUGAAAAGAAACUUUCAGAUUCAGUUCCAGCGGUACGACACGGUCAAAAAGCUGCAGGAGGAACUUUCCAAGACGUCGAAAGAGGAGCAACAGUAA